AUGGAUCGGCUACAUGAAUGGAGGUUAAAACCCAAGAAAAUGGAGCUGGAGGAGGACUUCUACUUUGCCUACAGAGCUGAGGAAAUAACAGAUUACCAGGAGCCCUCUGAACUCCUACAUGCUCUGAAACAAAAGGAGGAAGAGGUUAUUUUGGCAGCGCAGCUGGGAAACGCGUUGCUCCUGGAAAACCGUCAGCUGAAGGAACAGAGCGAGAAGCUUCAUGAACAGUUCACAGACCAGCUGGAGGAGCUGGAGCAGGGACGCCAUGACCUGCGAGUGAAGCUGGAGGACGUCCAGUCCCAGUGGGAGAGCCAGGUGGGAGACCUGGAGCGGGACGUGAGGGAGUUGAGCUCCCAGGUGGAGCGGCUGACGCAGGCGCUCAGCGAGGCCGAGAGGGACAAGAGCCGACUGCAGCUGGAGCACAGCGAGCAGACGCAGCGCCUCAGGGAGGAGCUCAGAACUGCCAUGGAGGUGGAGCGAGCCAUGACCAGUGAGCUGCAGGCGCUGAAACAGGAGCUCCAGCAGAGCAGAGGAAACAACAGACAGCAGGAUGAGGAGCUGAUCAGCGCCAUGAAGGAGCAGGUGUUGAGGCUCACACAGAAGGAGCAGGCGCUGGAGCAACGAUUGGAGAGCGUCAGUCGAGAAAACGCUGAGUUGAAAGCGAGUUUGGCCUCUUUACAAACGUGCUUAACCCAGCAUGACCAACUCAACCAGCAGCACAGCCAGCAGCUCCGAGAUGCAUGGCAGGAGGUGGAGGUGACACGAGACCGUUCACAGCAGCUCCAAGCUCAGGUGGAGGAGCUUCAGGAGGAGGUGUCACUGCAGGAGAGCAGGAGCCACUUUGAUGCCUCUCUAUUGUCAGAGCUGGAAGCGGCAGACUGGGGGGUCAGCAAAGAACAGAUAACUCAAGAAAUGGACACCAUCCUCCAGUUAUUGCUCCCUCUGACCCGGGGUCAAAGCGAAUCGAACGUCAUGGAUCAACAGGAGGACCUACCUGCCAUUCUGCAGCGACUGAAGGGAGUGGCUCAAACUCUGUCACCUGCAUCCAGUCCCCAGGAGGUGAAUCUGGGCUUUGAGGACAGGGUGGCCGAUCACUGUGGGAAUCUGAGCACAGCACAGGAGCUGAGGGAUCAGAACAUCCGGCUCCAGCAGGAGAAUAGCGAGCUACUACAGAAGCUGCAGAGCAUACAGGAUCAAAAGGACUUCGUCCAGCAGGCCAUCAGAGAUCGGGAUGAAGCUAUUGCCAAGAAAAACAUGAUGGAGGCUGAAUUGGUGCGAAGCAAAAACGACAUGAUGUGUUUGAACAACCAAUUAUUAGAAGCUAUUCAACGUAAACUGGAGUUGUCCCAGGAGCUGGAGGCCUGGCAGGAUGACAUCCAGAUCGUCAUCAACCAACAGCUGAAGUCGCAGCAGCAGACAGAGGAGCUCCAGAAGAAGCCCACCUCCAACGGCCUGUCGUUUUUCCGACGACCCAGCAGGACGACCUCCACCUGGACACGCCAGCUCUCCUCUUCUUCUUCCUCUUGGAUUUCAGAAAGUAAUCCGGACAAAGUGCAGUCCCCCUGGAGAGACUGGCUAAGACUGGGGAAAGGGGCACAGUAUGGAAAGUAAUGAAGUGCAGAGGAUCAGAGACUGCUGGUCAGGGAAGCAUGAAGUAAAAAAACAAAACAAACUGAGCAGUAAUGAAAAAAGAGCCAUGAAGUCGACUCCAAGAGAUGAAGGACAUGAACAAAGACUUUUUGAAGAGACACUUUUUUACUGCAGCACAUUUCAGUAAAGGCUGAGCCUUCUUGGGUCUAAACUGUGACGAGGUGGAAAGGAUUGCAGAGACCUGCUUAAAGACUGUGAAUACUGUCUCUUAUUUUGUUUAUUAUACUAAGACAGUAUAAUAAUUAAAUGAUACUUAGAAUUCAGUGCAAAGUAUUCCUUUAGGUUAUUCAACUUGACGAUCAAACAGAUUUCAGCGUCACUGAAUUUAUUUCCACUAAGUUGGAUGUAAAGUUUGUGUUCAUUAUUUUAGUUUUGCUCAAGUUAUUUGUUAACACAAUGUACAGUAAUGUAUUUUUUUUUUAUAAUUUACACUUUGUUUUUUAGUUAAAAGCCUUUCCUGAAUUUGUACUUGGCAUGCGUUAUGCUGUAUGUAACCUCAAUCCACUCAGUUAUAAACUGCUUUUUUU